UAAAUGUAAGGGACUACCUUUGUCAUUUUCUCCCGGGAAAAAAGGGAUAAAAUAGGAAAAACGUACAUAAUUCAUUAUCCAAUUAUAUAUAAUGAUUUUGUUUAUUUAUAUUUAUUUAUAAACAGAGAGAAAAUUUUAUUUUUUUCUUUCACUCUCUUUGUGAUCUUCCUUUGUGUGUAAGUUUGCAGAUUGUUCAAUUUUUGUUGGUAUUAUUUUCAGAUCAUCAUGGCUAAGAGCUCCUUCAAAUUGGAACACCCUCUUGAGAGGAGACAGGCUGAAGCUGCUCGUAUCAGGGAGAAGUACCCUGACAGAAUACCGGUGAUUGUGGAGAAGGCUGAAAGAAGUGACAUCCCUGACAUUGACAAGAAAAAGUAUUUGGUUCCCGCUGAUCUGACGGUUGGGCAAUUUGUGUACGUUGUUCGCAAGAGGAUUAAACUCAGCGCUGAGAAGGCCAUUUUUAUCUUUGUGAAGAAUAUCCUCCCCCCUACAGCUGCCAUGAUGUCUGCCAUUUAUGAGGAACACAAGGAUGAGGACGGCUUCCUUUACAUGACCUACAGUGGCGAGAAUACUUUUGGAUCCUUCUGAAGAUUCGAAACUGUGUAAAUAAGUCUAAGAAACCAUGUAUAUACUUACAUUAGCUACUCUUUCGGAAUUAUCUUUCUACUACCAAGAUGCUUUCUUGAGUUGACAUUGACUCGUUUAUGUAUUUACCUUUACGAAGAUGCUCAUUUUCCCUUAUCUAAGUUGGCGUUGCAUUCGCA